AUGUCGCGCCUCAGCCUGAACGGAAUCCGGAUGGAGCGGCACCAGUGCAAGGCGUCCCAGUUCCCCGUCCCGAUGCCCGCAGGGCGGCCGAGUCGCCCCACUCAAGGCCCUGCGCCGGUGAAGACGAGUGGGAAGCCCAUGCAGACGAACCGAAACGUGCGCCACACUGUUGGGUUGCACUCGGAUUUGAUUUUGACCAAUCAUCAUCUCGGUGACGGGAAACUUGUAUACUCCCCUUCAAUGCCUGUAUCACUUCCUCCUAUCCAGUCAAAAAUGGGCAACCAGCGGUCCGUCCUUUGUAAUGCCAACCCAAAUGUCAGGGACGAUCCUGAUAUAGUGAUCACCGAGUUGCUUUUGCUACGAGAGGGCCGUCGAAAAGAAGUGUAUCGCGAUAUUUUUCCAAGGAUCGACGUGAUCAAUGCAUUCGUGGAUCUGGCGUCUCCUUCAAUAACGUCCCCAAGACAAAAGACCUCGAUUGCCUUGGUUCUCCUAUCAUUGUCGUGCGAAGAUGCUAUGGAAGAAUGCGAGCGCAAGAUGAAGGUCGAGAUAAAUGCAAUCGAACCUCAUCCAUAUAAAUUUGGGCGUAAGGAACUUCACAGACUAUGUAACGAGCUCAAUCUGUGGAAGCCAUUCAGAAAGUGA